AUGGGACUUUGGGAAGCGUGCCCCAAUGUGGUGGGCAACCAGCACCACAACAUUACCACCACUGCCAGCAACCCCAAUGGCACCUACACCGACUUGUUGACCUUUGCGUUUCGGGGGCCUGUCCACUAUGAUCCCGAACGCCCAUUGUUCAUUGAUGCCGAGAACCCGUCGCGGUCGUUCAACGCGCGGCAGUUUGAGACGCUGGUCCGGACGCUGAUUGCUGGCCUGAAAGCCCACCAUGUGCAGAGAGGCGAUUGUGUUUUGGUCCACUUGGGAAACAGUAUCAUAUACCCCGCACUCUUCUAUAGUAUCAUCGGCGCCGGCGGCGUGUUUAUGGGUUCGAACGCGCGCAGCCAACCGCAAGAGUUAGAACAUAUUCUGCAACUGGCAGAGCCGAAACUGAUCAUCACGUCCCGCGAUGCAUUGCCUACCGUCCUGAGCGUGUCAGCCGACCGGGGCAUUCUGCCCAGCCAGGUGUGCCUGCUGGAUGAAUCUGCAGGUGAUCAUGUCGCCCAACAUUUGCUGGCCAGUCCAAUGGCCUAUGCUGGUGCCGGCGCACCGUAUCUCCCGAGCAGUGGGGAUGGCUCUUUCAUUAACUUCGCCCAGCUCCUUGCCUACGGCGAAAAUGAUUGGGUGGCCUUCAAUGACGAGCAUAUCGCCAAAUCCACUCCGGCCGCCAUGUUCUCCACCAGCGGGACCGGAGGCCUGCCCAAGGCCGCCUUCAUGUCCCACCAUGCCAUGGUAUCACAUCAUCUCAGCAUCCAUUACGAUGUGCCAUACGAGGUGACCCGACUCAUGUCCCUGCCCAUGUUCCAUAUGUUUGGCGCCCUGUGGACCCACCUGUUCCCCAUCCGAUAUGGCCAGCCCUUGUUUGUGCUGUCGCGAUUCGAACUGACCCAGUUCGUGGCGGCGGUGUAUCAGUAUCGUAUUACCGAAACCUACAUGGUCCCGGCCAUGAUUCACACCUUCAAUCGCUCCGCCUUGCCCGUGGCGGACUAUCUGUCGUCGCUGCGUUACGUCGGAGUCGCCGGCGCCCCCAUCGACGCCGCCGCCAUGCAGCGCUUCGGGGAACUCCUCCCUCUCCACGCCUCCGCCUCCCAGCUGUGGGGAAUGACCGAAGUGGGUGUCGUGUUCCAGAAUCGGUACGGUGAGCAGGCCAAUGCAGGCAGUAUUGGCCGGCUGCUGGCGGGGUACGAGGUGCGGCUGGUCGGGCAGGAUGGCAACCUGAUACUCGGGGAAAACAGGCCCGGUGAGCUCUACGUCCGCGGGGGUGGACUUCUGAGUGGAUAUAAGGGCCGGUCGGACGCCAAAGACGAGCAAGGGUGGUUUCGCACUGGCGACGUUGCAUAUGUUAGUGGCGGGGUGUACUACAUCUAUGGCCGCACGAAGGAGCUGAUCAAAGUGCGAGGAUGGCAGGUGGCCCCGGCGGAGGUCGAGGCGGUGCUCCUCAAACACCCGGAGAUCGCAGACGCGGCGGUGAUUGGGGUUACGUCGGGAGAUGGCAGCACGGAAUUGCCUCGGGCGUUCGUGGUGCGCGCCAAGGACCUAACGAGCAGCCGGUUGACGCCGGAGGACGUGUACAUGUUCGCGCGGGGGCAAUUGGCCAGCUACAAGGCGCUGGAUGGGGGGGUGAUUUUCGUGGAGGAGAUCCCGCGGACGGCGAGUGGGAAGAUUCAGCGGUUCAAGCUGGCGCAGAUGAACACCUAUCGGGAGAUAGUGAGUUCGCUACUGGCGCGGUAUAAGGGGACUAGUCUCCAGGCGGUCGGGAUCAUGCAUAAAGGGCGCAUCACGGUUUGA